AUGAAUCAAAAACAACAUAUCGAAGUGGCUCUAUCUAAGCAAUCAGAUCAAGUUAGGACUGAAUACCGAACUUGCUUGACUGCAUCCAUUGUUAGCAUUAGGUUUCUUUUGCGUCAAGGGUUGGCAUUUCGUGGUCAUGAUGAAACUGAAGACUCGAAGAACCAAGCACUAGUGAUUCAGAAAGAUAUUGUGAAUGUUGCGGCAAAUGAAACCACAAAAGCUAUCAUUAGUGAUCUUGGAGAUGACAUAUUUUCAGUUUUGAUUGAUGAGUCUCGUGAUGUGUCAAUUAAAGAACAAAUGGCUAUUACAAUAAGUUAUGUAGAUAAAAAGGGUCAUAGCCAAGUUAAUAACCUUGUUCAAGCAUUAGAAAUUGGUGAAGUUAGCAAGGGACGAAGUUUGAAUCAAGAGACAAGUCUAAAACGAGCUGGUGGUACACGUUGGGGCUUGUAUUAUAAUACAUUGAUCAACUUAAUCCUUUUGUUAUUCUCUGUGGGCGAUGUGCUUGAGGUUAUUGAAGAAGAUGGUCUAAAUCCUGAACAAAAGGGUGAAGCAUAUAUGCAACUUCAAGAACUUAACACUCGUUUCACUGAGGUUAGUACUGAGCUGCUUCUUUGUAUGGCAUGUUUAGAUCCAAGUAAUUCAUUCUCUGCUUUUGACAAACACAAGUUGAUUCGUUUUGCCGAAUUUUAUCCAUCUAAUUUUUCUGCAUUUGAGUUGAUGGUACUUAAGAACCAGAUUGAGACUUAUGUUAUUGUCAUGCGUUCUUGUGAUGAAUUUGCUAAGUUACAAUGA